CCGCGGCUGCUGUUCGGUGGUUUCCCCGCUGUCAGGGCCAUGGAGAGGAAUAGACCACGUGCGUUGAGGGUCCUGGUGGACAUGGACUGUGUGUUGGCCGACUUUGAGGGCGGCCUCCUGCGAGGCUUCCGUCUCCGCUUCCCCCAGGACCCUUACGUGGCCCUAGAGGAUCGGAGAGGCUUCUCGGCCCGGGACCAGUACAGAGCCCUGCGGCCCGACCUCGCGGACAAAGUGGCAAGUGUUUAUGAAGCCCCCGGGUUUUUCCUAGAGCUGGAGCCCAUCCCUGGAGCCUUGGAAGCCUUGCAGGAAAUGAAAUGCAUGAAGGAUACUGAAGUCUUCAUUUGCACAAGCCCACUGCAGAACUACAAGUACUGCGCUACUGAGAAGUACCACUGGGUGGACAAGUACCUGGGUCCCGAGUUUGUGGAACGAAUGAUCCUGACCAGGGAUAAGACCAUAGUGUCCGGGGACCUGCUCAUUGAUGACAAGGACACUAUUCAAGGCCACGAGGAGAACCCAAGCUGGGAGCACAUCUUGUUUACUUGUUGCCACAACAAACACCUGGACCCUCUCCCCUCCAAAAGAAGGCUUCAUUCCUGGAGUGACAACUGGAGAGCCAUCUUAGAUAGUAAGCGGAAAAUAAGACAAGAACAGGAUUGAAAGAGCAUCCAUCUGCAGUAGGAACAAAUGGAGCUCUGUAAGCCACACCAGCCCCUGUAGGAUAGAGUGACUUCCAACAAGAGGGGAGGGAAGCUGAAAUAGGCCAGGGAACAGAUCUGUAGUCCAGGGGGAACCUCCCCAACUAUCGAAUAUCUCCAGAAAGAACUGUACCAGUAUCACAGUAACAACAUGGGACUUUGGGUCGCAUGUUAUUAAUAAAAAAUUU